GUGGUUGGAGGCAAGGUAAAGAAACCAGGCAAGCGAGGUCGUAAACCAGCCAAAAUAGACUUGAAGGCAAAACUUGAAAGAAGUCGCCAGAGUGCAAGAGAGUGCAGAGCCAGGAAGAAGCUGAGGUACCAGUACCUGGAAGAGCUGGUUUCAAGCAGAGAGCGAGCCAUCUGCGCUCUCAGAGAAGAGCUUGAAAUGUAUAAGCAGUGGUGCAUGGCGAUGGACCAAGGGAAAAUCCCCUCUGAAAUAAAAGCCCUGCUAACUGGAGAGGAGCAGGGCAAAGCACAGCAGAACUCAGCCAAACUUGCCAAGGCUGGGAAGACAGAAGCAAACAGCAGCAAUCCGUGAGGCCAAUGCGGAACCUUCCGCGCUGCAGCGGAGAUAGCUUGGUAGCUAGCAGAAGAAUGCUGUUGUCAGAGAAGUGGAUGCAUCCUUGGGUGCAGGGGGAAGGAUCCCAGACCGCUGUCCUCUCUUUGCUGCUCUCCCCAUGAAUCUCUUUGAUUGUGGCAUUCCUAAGCCUGCAUGGAGUGGGGUUUUGGGGUAAUAGGCGUUUGUUUGAGUGGGACUUUGUUCUUCCUUUCUCAACACCACCCUCCCCAAAUACAGCUAUGGCAGCUUUUGGGCGUUCCCAGUAAGAGAUGGAGGCUACUUUUAUGUCAGAGCCUGGAAUUAGACUGGCUUUGUGGUCAGUAGUUAUGUGGUUGGUAACUGUUGUGGGAGUCUGAGAGGUUAUGUAAAACAAAAGCAACGGGAGGAUCUCAUAGCAGCUUUGCUAAAGCCAAAUGGA